AAUGAAGAACGAGGGAGAAUAUUCUGAACCACAUGAAUUUGUGGGCUUUUUAAAGUGACGAAGAUAGGGGACAAAUGCUCAUUUGAUUCUCGGCAGUCAAACAGAUUAGUGAGAAAAGUUGCAAUGAAGCUCUCCGUGAGUGCAAUAGUGCUUCUCGUUUGUACUUCAAGUACAUGGUGUUACAUUGUUGAUCCAGGACCAGUUGUGAUAGCGUCAAGUGGAUUAGUUUGGCCACAACCGAAGAAAAUCACAAUUGAAGACACGUUUGCAAUUAUACGUCCACAAAACUUUAAUUUUAACACUGUAAGGAAUACAUGCGACAUUCUCCGUGAUAGUUUUGUACGAUAUAAGGAACUAAUAGUUGCAGAAGCACAGAGACUGAGGAAGAAUGAAAUAAAAAGCGCACGCCGGAGUCGAGAGAGAAUUAAUAGAAUCAACUAUGAUGAUUGGUACGAUGAUGAUAAAUUCACGGGAUUUUUGGAAGCUGUUACUGUAAAUCUAGAGCAACCAUGUGAGGAUUCUCCUUAUCUGGGAAUGGAUGAAUCAUAUAAAUUCACCCUCAAAGAUUCAGAAGCUGUUUUGCAAAGUUCGAGUGUUUGGGGUAUUCUUCGGGGAUUAGAGUCAUUCGUUCAAAUGAUAACACCAGCAAAAGAUAACAGAUCACUGAAAAUUAACUGUUCAUCCAUUGAAGAUGAACCAAAAUUUUCGCAUCGAGGUCUCUUGUUGGAUACAUCACGGCAUUUUAUUCAUUUGGACACCAUUAAGAUGAUCCUCAAUGGUAUGGCUUAUAACAAACUGAAUGUAUUUCACUGGCACAUUGUGGAUGAUCAUAGUUUUCCGUAUGAAAGUGCAAAAUAUCCUGAAUUGAGUGCACAGGGAGCUUUUCAUCCUACGCUCGUGUACACUCAAAAUGACAUAGCAGCUAUCAUUGAGUACGCUAGAGUUCGUGGAAUUCGAGUACUGCCCGAAUUUGACACUCCUGGUCAUACGAGAUCCUGGGGAGUGUCACAUCCUGAACUCUUAACCCAAUGCCAUCUGCCUUAUGCAGGAAAACUUGGCCCAAUUGAUCCCACAAAAGUGGAAGUUUACUCAUUCAUUAGGGAACUUUUUGGCGAAGUGACACAAGCCUUUCCUGAGCAGUACUUCCACUUGGGCGGUGAUGAAGUGGGCUUUGAAUGCUGGAGCACAAAUCCUGACAUUGUGGAGUAUAUGAAAUCGAAAAAUUACACAAGGUUUGAGCAAUUGGAAGAAGAAUUUAUUCAGAAAGUCGUUGAUAUUCUCGAUGAUUUAAAGUCCAAGUCAAUUGUAUGGCAAGAAGUUUAUCAGAAUCAAGUGAGACUGCCACAGGGAACUGUAGUUCAGGUCUGGACCGGCGAUAGAAAGGCACUCAUGUCUCAGAUUACAUAUGAUGGUUUGCCGGUACUUCUUUCCUCCUGUUGGUACCUGGAUCAUUUAUCCUCAGGAGGAGAUUGGUUAAAGUACUACGACUGCGAUCCGGUCGAUUUCCCAGGGACACCAGAACAAAAGGCACUUGUAAUGGGCGGAGAAGCUUGCAUGUGGGCAGAAGUAGUAGAUGAUACAAAUGUUGUUCAAAGGAUCUUUCCACGAGUAUCGGCAGCUGCUGAGAGAUUAUGGAGUCACGAAGAAGGUGUACUUGUACAGAAGAGAUUGGAAGAACAUUCAUGUCGACUUCUAAAGAGAAAUAUACCAUCUCAGCCACCAAAUGGACCUGGAUUCUGCCUCUAGAGAGAAUAUCAUGAAUAAAUAUGCUCACUUAUUGCUGUACAUUUGUAGAUGCAAUCUCAAUUGCUGUCAAUCCUUCAGAUGAUUCGUAAUUUUCAGGAAUGAGUAGAAUAAUGAGAAAAAAGUAUGUUAGAGUUACAAUAAUGAGAACCAGGCGGUCAAUGAGACUGGCCACAAAAUUCCA